GAAGGGUGGGAGUUGUUAGGAAAGUGUGUGGUUAGCUUCCCGCUUCUUGGGUUCCAGGCGGGGCUCCCGGAGCCAGUGAAGCGAGACUAGCUGACCGCUCCGGGUCCCGAGCCGUCGCUUGAGGGGCGUGGUAUCCCGGUGCUCCGACCCUUCCCCGGGACCCUGGGGAGCCCCUGUGGCGGGAGUGCCGUGUCCCCGCUGCCUUCCCCGGAGUGAGGCUCCGCCCGGCAUCCCCGGGUCCCCGCAGAUCCCGCCAUGGGCAACACCAGCAGCGAGCGCGCCGCGCUGGAGCGGCAGGGUGGGCAUAAGACACCCCGGAGGGACAGCUCCGGGGGCACCAAGGAUGGGGACAGACCCAAGAUCCUGAUGGACAGCCCCGAGGAUGCCGACCUCUUCCACUCGGAGGAAAUCAAGGCUCCAGAGAAGGAAGAGUUUCUGGCCUGGCAGCAUGAUCUGGAAGUGAAUGAUAAAGCUCCUGCCCAGGCUCGGCCAACGGUGUUUCGAUGGACAGGGGGAGGAAAGGAAGUUUACUUAUCUGGGUCCUUCAACAAUUGGAGUAAACUUCCCCUCACAAGAAGCCACAAUAACUUUGUAGCCAUCCUGGAUCUGCCCGAAGGAGAGCAUCAGUACAAGUUCUUUGUGGAUGGUCAGUGGACACACGACCCUUCUGAGCCAAUAGUAACCAGCCAGCUUGGCACAGUUAACAACAUCAUUCAAGUGAAGAAAACUGACUUUGAAGUAUUUGAUGCUUUAAUGGUGGAUUCCCAAAAGUGCUCCGAUGUGUCUGAACUGUCCAGUUCCCCGCCAGGACCCUACCAUCAGGAGCCCUAUGUCUCCAAACCAGAAGAACGUUUCAAAGCGCCACCUAUCCUCCCUCCACAUCUGCUUCAGGUCAUCCUGAACAAGGACACGGGGAUUUCUUGUGAUCCAGCUUUGCUCCCCGAGCCCAAUCACGUCAUGUUGAACCACCUUUACGCACUUUCUAUCAAGGACGGAGUGAUGGUGCUCAGUGCAACCCACCGGUACAAAAAGAAGUACGUCACCACCUUGUUAUACAAGCCCAUAUGAAGAGCUGCGGCCAACGGUGGACCGAGGGACAAUGGUACCAUCAGGUUCCCUGCAUGCAUGCUUUCCACUAGAGGCAUGGACUGUCAGUUUCUCAUUUCACACUCUUUUUAAGACAUUUCACACCUGCCCUAGUCCUACUUGAAGGUUCAUCCAUCCAGGCACAGCAGCUCCAAAAGAGCCUGGGCCUGUAAUAGUCCUCUUAGCACCUCAGCUGCGAGCCUCAGGGGGCUCAAGGCCAAGAAAGGCAAAAUGGAAGGCGAAGGAGCCACAACCCCUGCACCACAGCGCGUGAGGAUGGUGCGGUUGGAACACACCUCCCUCAACUGGUGUGGACACUCCUUAAGCCAAAAGUGAGUGCUGGCCACCUUGCUAGUAAAACUCUGGGAAGUAGGGAACAAGGCCACACAAAAUUCCUAUCAUCUGGGCAUCUUUAAGGCCAUCUGCCUGUCCUUCCAAAUUGAAGCAAUAGAUUGCCCUCCUUUCUCUGCCUUAGGGAGGUGUCAUUUCUAGUGAAAUUAAAAUCCGUCUGGUUUCCAGGUAAAGUCUUUAGUAGUUUCCUAUACUGUGCGCUAAGUCCUUUUUUAUUAUCCAGAGGUGGCUAGCUGUACAAGCUAAUAGCAAUAAGUCACCAUGACUAGAACAUAGAUCAUGUGACUGCUCAGCAAUAAUCUGUUCCCCGAACAGACUUAAACAUACUGCCAGAUUUCUCCAUUCACCUGGAUGACCCUAAGGACUGACGACCAUUAGCUGGAAGGUUGUCCAGCUUUUUAUCCCAAUUGUAAUGACAACUUUGCAGAAGACCCUGAGCCCUCCUUUCAGCCACCUCUCUUGGGACUCGUGUCCCUAGUUAGAGAAGAAGGCUUCAGCUGUUGUUGUUGCUAGUAAAAGGGAUUUAGAACCUGACAGCAGCCCUCUGAAUUCAUGCCAGGAUGACACCCUUUAGACCAAAGUGGACAUCUUUAUACUUGGCUCAGUUUCCAGGGAGAUGCCACACAUGUGCCCAUUGGUGCAGGUUCCUGUCACCCAAUCAGCAAAAGUUAACAUUGUCUCUUUUGUUCUUGCUGGGAGAGGGAGGGAUGAGCUUGCUGGUGUACAGUAUUUAUUUGGUAAACCUGAGUACAGGUACCCUUUUUUGUUACUGUUUUCAAAACACUGAAUUGCUGUCACCUUGACACACAAGUUUCAAUAAAGCUUUGUAAAAAUAAUUGGACAUAAAA